AACUAAACAAGCUUCUGGUCGUGAAAUUUUAGUUAUUUGUCGCAUGUUUUCUGAGAAUGACCACAGUAAACACUAUCUCUGCUUCCUCGGCGUUCGAAACGCAACUGAAAACUUUGUGUCUCAAAGAAUUUCCAUGUGGUGGGGGAUCAUGGAGAACGAAGACACAACCAGUACUGGUGUCAUCAGUCAAAGUAGAAAAAAAUCGAGAAGAUAUUGAAAACUACUUCACUGUUACAUUAAAAGACUAUGGAGCAGAAACAGAGAAAACUGAGUCGUUACAAGAGUAUGUGAACUCCAAAUUUUCACCAUGGCAUUUAGAUUACAGUUGGAGUGAAGAAGCUAAAACAUUACGUGAAAUAGCUGUCAAAUCUCCAUGGUUAAUAGAUGAUAGAUUUGUUUUGAAUCAUUUCAAGACGUUACGAAUUGUUGAUAAAAAUGUUACAGAAGUUGAUGAUCUAUUACUAGAGUUGAGAAAUUUAGAAAACUUAACAUUGAGUGCUAAUUUGAUCACAUCUAUCAAUUCAAGAAAUCUACCAGUAUCAUUAAAGGUUUUAGAACUAUGUGCCAAUGAAAUUCGUGAUUUAUCAUCAUUAUGUAUCAAGCCGCCACCAAAUCUCUCACAUCUUGGUUUAGGUUUUAAUAGAGUAUCUUAUAUUGGUGAUUAUAUCACAGGAGAUUAUUGGCCAGCUUUAUUGUCCCUAGAUUUAUGCAAUAAUAAUUUAACUGAUUUAUUAGAUGUUGUCAGAAAAUUAGGAACGUUACCAAAAUUACGAAAUUUAAUUUUACAAGGAAACCCGUUAUCUUUUAUACCAGGUUAUAGAGGUUAUAUUAUUGACAGUUUAAGAAAAUUAUAUAUAUUAGAUGAUCUGAUGAUUUCUGCUGAUGAAAAACAUCAUUUUAAAGGUCUGGCACGAAGAAGAGAGUAUAUAUUAGAUGAAGCUAAGUUAACAUUGUCAGUAUCCUAUCUUAAAGGUUUACCUGUACCAGAGGAAUUAAAGAAUCCAGAAGAACAACCAGAAUAUCCUAUUAUAGAGAGACGUUAUUAUAUUCAGUUUGAAUUCCUUGAAGACAGUAGUGGCAAGUCUCAUAUUUGUCUCAUACCACAGGAUGAUGCUCUAACAGAUAUGUCUAUACAGUUAGAAUCACCAAGACAUGCUGAUGAUACUUCUAUAAUGCACUCUGAUGUUAUUGGUAGUGAACAGAUGGAUGAUGAUAAAGAUAAAUUAAUGGAAAAGAAUGUUUAUUUUAAUAGUCAGCCUGAUCUAAAGAAUCUAGAAACUGCUAGAGAGUACACUGGAGUUGAAGAUGUUGGUGUAACAGAAGAUGAAUUAUCUAAACCAAUAAAACUAGCUCCAAUAUGUACAGAUAAAUUACCUUGGGCAGAAGAACUAGAGGUCAACUGGUCACAGAGUUUUAUAAGAGAUAAUCUCAUUGCUCUCAGAGAUUUCUUUCAACAAGGCAUGGAUUUUUCUAUCAUUGAACAAGUGGUAUUGUGUUAUCCACAAGAAGAAGAUACUGGCUCCAGUACACCAGCUAGUAGCAGAAAAAAUGAUAAAAAUGCUACAGGUAAAGGUGAUAAAAAGGCCAAGGGAGGCAAACCUGAGAAAGAAGACAAAAAGAAAAAGAAAAAAGAACCAGAAGUAGAGCUCAAAAGAAUGCCCCCUCAGCUGAAUACACUGGCCACAUUCCAUAUUAAUUUGGAUGAAUUCUUAGAAGGUGAAUUUAACUAUCAGUCUGUAUUUACAAAAGGUAAUACAGAAAGAGCUUCCACAGUGAAAAGUUCUGAACAUGGCAAGAAGGAUGAUAAAAAAGAUAAAAAGAAACCAACAUCAGCCAAAGCAGGAAAAGAUAAAGAUGCAAGAAAGAGUGCAACAAGUAAAGGAAAAGAUGAUAAAAAAGGAAAAGCCAAACCGUCUGUUGCUCCAGUUGAAGAAGGGGAGGAAACUCUACCACCACCUCCAUUAGAGCUUCAAGUCUCUGUUGAUCUUCACCAUUGGACUACAGCUAUGGACUCCUUAAAAGAUGAAGAAGAAAAGAACAAAUAAAAUUUCAAACAGAAAUACUAUCAGAUGAAAGUUAUAAUUCAGGAAUAUGUAGAGUGUGUUUUAUUUACAAACUCAAUUGUGGUAAAAUUGCACAUAUAUGGUUAAUUCACUUUUUCAAAAACUCUCUACUUACACUUUAAAUGUUCUGGUUAUGGUCUACUUGAUCAGUUCCAUAAUUAUUCACAUCAUAGCAGAUCACCAGUUGACUAUGGUUACGAAAAAGAAUAGUGUUCAUAGGUUGUGAAUGUAAUUCUCAUGCAACUGAGUUGUCAGUUUGGAACUCAUGGCCACUUUCAUUAUUUGCAACCAUACACAACUGGUAAUCACUGUGGUAAAAGGGCACCUUAGUGGACAACUAUCAUGUCAAUGUCAUAUGAAGGUUGAAACAAUGUCAAAACCGCUAAUAUAAUAUCAAAUUAGUCUGAAACUGUCCUACGCUCUGGCCACAUUGAGUUCUAAAUUGAAAUUUUCAUGUCACAAAUAUUCAAGUUCAUACCAAUUGUCUUAGAAUGCCUUUUCGUCCAUGAAUAUAUAAGUUUUGAAAAUUUUGCACUUGAAAUGAACCCACUUCAUCUAAUAUGAAAAUGACACACAGUUUGAACUGAAAAUCUCACUCUAUAAAGUCAUAGUUUCAAAUAAGUUUGUUUCCAAUGGUUGGCAUUUGCAUCAAAGCAAAGACAAUCUAAGACUCUCAGCAAUAUUUGGAGAUUAAUAUUUCAAUUCAUACAAACAUGAGAACCAAAAUGUGAUUUAGAACUUGAUGUGGCCAGAGAGUAGAUUUUUAUUUUUGAUAUUUGGAAUUCAUUUUUAUGUAUAAUAUAGGUGUAACAUUCUCUAACUGUGAUUUUUGAUAUAUGAUAUUUUAUGUUAUAUUACGCUGUGAUAAAGCAAUGUUUUGUGAUAUUUUAAUGAUUAUUUUAAAGAAAAAUAACCCUGUUU